AGAGUCUGUAAGACACAGUGUAGAUUUUUAUGGAGCUUUUUUGUAUGGCUGCUAUUGAAAAGAGCACUUAUAUUUUUAAAUUAAAAAUUUAAUAUAGAAUUUGAAGUUAUUCUCGCUUCAUUCUAAAAGCUUCUUAAGAAUAUUCUCUAGUAGGCCUCUAUCUGUUUACGUACAGCAAAUCCAUUUUAGACUGGUAAGGGACUCCAUAAUUCAUCCACAACUAUAACCAAAUUACAAAAAACGGUUUGUCGUUUCUUCCAAAAUUUUUAGUUUUAUAAAAAAUGAUUUCGUUUGGUUCUUUCUCGUAUAUCGCAAGUUUAUUGCUCAAUGGUGCGAACAUGUUGAUGCAAAUAUAUUUCAUAAUUAUGUUCAGUGAUUUGGAAAUGGACUAUAUAAACCCAAUUGACCUGUGUAACAAACUAAAUCAAUAUAUUAUUCCCGAGAUUUUAACACAUACUGCCAUGACGCUCCUCUUGUUACUGGCAGGGAAAUGGAUCUUGGUGCUCUUGAACAUUCCGCUUGUUGUCUUUCAUGUGAAUCAAAUCAUUCAUAAAACCCAUGUUUUGGAUGCCACUGAAAUAUUCCGUCAAUUGGGCCGUCAUAAAAGGGUUACUUUCACAAAGGCUCUUUUUGCUUUGGUCAUGUUUUUUACUUUGCUUUACUGCAUGGUAACUUCUCUUGUACAAGAGCAAUAAAACAUCUACAAACGCAAAAGAAGGAAAGGAAGAAAACGGUUUGAUGCUUAUUUAAUAAUCUCGGGUUUCUCGAUGAUUUUGCAACAUGUAUUAUAAUUGCAAGGAUUUUCGGGUUCAUAGACCUUUUAGUAGACUAAUUAUACCUUUACAAUAUAAUUUGGUGAGACUUGAUUCAGUCA